AUGACCGAUCAUUCUCUUAAUCUACUAUCUCUCAAUGCGAGGGGACUAAGCAAUUUCAGAAAAAGGCGAACAAUUUUCACGUGGUGUCGAAAACGAAACUCGGAUAUAAUAUUCCUGCAAGAAACUCAUUCGACAUUGUCAACACAGUUAAAAUGGAAAAACGAAUGGGGUGCAGAACUUAUUUGCUCCCAUGGGAGUUCAAACUCUCGAGGUGUUGCAAUCUUAAUCGAAAAAGGUCUUGAUUGCGUUAUUCACUCUCAAAUUGUAGAUACAUCGGAGAGGUAUAUCGUUGUUAAAGCCGCUAUCAAAGAUAAAAUGUAUGUUCUUGUAAACAUUUAUGCACCAAACAAAGACGAAGACAUCAUUAAAUUCCUCAAAAAUGUGUUAUCUAAGCUGCAGACCGAAAAUUUAGAUUCAGAAGAAAAUAUUGUGAUUGGAGGUGAUUUCAAUUGUCCUCUGAAUCCUACAUUGGACAAAAAAGGUGGCAUAAUGACGCCUAGGAAAUCUGUGAUAAAUUUCAUCAACGAUGUCCAAAGUCAACUAGAUCUUGUAGAUAUAUGGAGAGUUAAUAACCCGCAAACUAAAAGUUUUACCUGGAGUCAACGAUCUCCGCCGAUAUUUUGUCGCCUUGAUUAUUGGUUGAUUUCUAAC